GGCGAUUUAACUCUUCGUUCUCCGCCGGUGGUUUAGGGAGGCGAACUGGAGCAGUGGCUGUAAAAGUGGAGGAGGCGGAGGAAGGCUAUGAGUUCGUUCACCGGAACACGCGCCGGUGACGGGGACUCGCCCGAUCUCGUUUGCCAGCUUGACUGCGUCCAGGGCAUGGUCGACGCGCUCUCUUCUGUCCGUUGGAAGCGUCAUCAGGAUGCUGUGGUCGAGAUUUCCGAACACGGACUCGUCCUCAUCGUGGAGGAGUCUGGGUGCCUUCAGGCCAGGGUGUAUCUGAAGCGUGAGCUGUUUCUUGCGUAUGAGUAUGCGGCGGAAGGACGACCAAGGUUCGGCGUGAGCUUGGGGCUCUUCGUCGAUUGUCUCAACAUCUUUUCCACUCCUGGACAUUCCCCUGCCAUCGAAAUCCGUUACCCCGGUCCGGACAUGCAACUGCUUUUGAAGUUGGUCGACACUCCAGAUACUUGUAUUUAUGCAGAGAUUAGAACGAGAAUUCCUGACACCAUAUCCUGGGACUAUAACUUCGAACCUAUUGGAAGUGUUCCUGUUAGCUUCACAGUCAAGUCUUCUGUUCUAAAGGAAGCGGUCGACGAUCUUGAAUGGCCUUGUUCGAGCAUCCAGAUAAGCCUACAACCAGACCCCCCUGCUGUGACAUUUAGAGGUGAAGGUCAUGGGGACUUGCAGAUUGAAUUCCUGUAUUAUGCAAAUACCGAUCUUCUGAUUGCGUUCCAGUGUGAUCAUUCUGUCUCGAACAGAUACAAGUACAAAUUUCUCCAAGCAGCGACAUCAAACAUUCCAUUCAGUGUGUUGAAGGACAACAGAGGAAGCAAAGUGACUGUCGGGAGGGGCGGGAUGCUAAAGAUACAACACUUGGUAUCGGUGAGACGAUCGUCGGCCCAACAUUCCCGUGGUGAUCAACAUCCUAGCCAUAUCGCUUACAUCGAGUUCUUUGUCAAACCAGAAGAAGAAGAAGAAGAAUGUCCUGUUGGUGACAAUUAGGAUCCUAGACUGGGUGUUUCUGUGACAAUAUUGAAAUUUUGAGGGCUAAAGUGAGUAGAGUUUAAUUCUGAGGUUCUUCCAAUUUGUAUUGUAACACUAACUAAUAUAAAAGUAGUGUUCAGGCUUUUGUUUUGCCUUCCAGGGGCAAAUAUGCAUAUUCACCCUUUAAA